AUGGCUCAAUGCUUAAGCUUCCUUCUCAUUCUAAUCUUCUUCUCUACACAUAUUCAUGCAUGCAGCCAAACAGAACGCACUUCUCUCUUGGCCUUCGCCCUCACUCUCUCUUCUCCUUCCUUCAAUUGGACUUCUAGUAAUUGUUGUCAUUGGGAAGGCAUCACUUGCAACCAAGAUGAUUUGGUCACCCAUUUGAGCUUACCUUCCAAAGGCCUCAGACGCAAUGGAGCUAUCUCUCCCUUGUCAUCUCUGAAAAAUCUCACCCAUCUCACUUACCUCAAUCUUUCUCGCAAUUCACUUUACAGUUCAUCAGGUCAAACCAGAUUGUUCUUGUCAUUUAAUCAUCUUGAGAUUCUUGAUUUGAGCUAUAACCUUCUAUCUGGAGAACUACCAAUUUCUCCACUAUCCGGGAGUAUCCGAAUGCUGGAUUUGUCCAGCAAUUCUUUUAAUGGUGACAUUCCAUCUUCAUUCUUCCAACAAGCUUGGAAUUUGACUAGUUUCAAUGUCAGCAAUAAUUCCUUUACAGGGUUCUUACCAACUUCCAUUUGUUUCACUUCUUCUCCAUUGAUCAGAGUGUUGGAUUUUUCUUUCAAUAAAUUCAACGGCAGUAUAUCUCCCGGAAUAGGGGAGUGUUCCAAGCUCAAGGUGUUUCGUGCUGGGAAGAAUAACCUCUCGGGAAUACUUCCAGAAGAUAUGUAUAGUGUUACUACUCUUGAACAAAUUUCAUUACCUCUCAAUUCACUUUAUGGAGUCCUUGGUGAUGGCAUUCUCAACCUCACAAACCUCGCAAUCCUGGACCUCCAUUUCAAUCAAUUCAGCGGCAUGCUCCCUCUCCAUUUUGGGAAGCUCUCCAAGUUGAAACUGUUGCUCCUUCAUUUCAACAAUCUAAAAGGUCCUCUGCCCCCAGCUUUGAUGAAUUGCACAAGCCUUAUAGAAGUAAAUUUAGCAGCCAAUCACUUCGAAGGGGAUUUGUCCAUGUAUAAUUUCUCCAAACUGAGCAGGCUUCGUAAACUGGACCUGUUGAAGAAUCAGUUCACAGGUACCUUCCCCACAAGCCUAUACUCAUGCGAGUCCCUCAAAGCAAUUCGACUCAGUGCAAAUGAUAUUGAGGGAGAAAUACAACCUGAAAUUCUAUCAUUGAAAUCCUUGGCCUAUCUCUCGCUUUCUUUUAAUAGAUUGACCAAUAUCACACGGGCAAUCAAGAUACUCAUGCAUUGCGAAAGUCUCAUGUUCCUAUCCUUAGCAGCUAGUUUUGAAGAGGAGGAAGUUCCAGCUGAUCUUGGCAUGAUGGCUGAUUUUGAUGGAUUCCAAAAUCUUCGAGUUUUGGAUUUGAGUGACAACGAGGUCACCGGUCAAAUACCUAUAUGGUUAUCUAAACUCAAGAAGCUAGAGGUCUUGAAUCUGAAUUCAAAUAAAUUCACAGGGCCAAUUCCAAGUCAGCUUGGGACUCUUCCUAGGCUCUUUCACGUAGACUUGGGAUUCAAUAACCUCAUUUCUGGUGAAUUUCCAAAGGAACUUUGCAGCCUGCCAAUGUUGGUAUCUCAAAACAACCUGUCCACUAAUAGUGAUCUUGAAUUGCCUAUCUACUUAACAGUUGAUGGCAAGAGAGCUCAACAAUACAAUUCUUUGUUGUACUUUCCAGGGGCAAUUAUCCUACAGAGCAAUAGCAUAACUGGAAAUAUACCGAUUGAGAUUGGCCAAUUGCAAUUUCUCCGUGUGUUGUCCCUUAAAAAAAAUUUCUUUACCGGCAAGAUUCCAAACCAAAUAUCCAACCUCAAACAGUUGGCAACGUUAGAUCUCUCCGUAAAUCAUUUCUCUGGAAAUAUACCAGCAUCAUUAACAAGCCUUAAUUUCUUGGCAGUAUUUAAUAUCUCAUACAAUAAUCUGGAAGGCCAGAUACCAACAGGCACUCAGUUCCAAGGCUUUAGUGCAUCAGCCUUUGAGGGGAAUCCCAACCUUUGUGGUCCUCCACUUCCAAAUGAGUGCCAACCACUUCCAAAUGAUGGCAUUGAUGGAGAUGAUAACAACAAUAGUAGAAAUGUCAACAGUGAGCAUCAAGUUCCAUGGAUUUUAGUUUCUGCUGUGCCUGGGUUUGUUGUAGGAUUUUGGGCAGUAUGUGGUUCUUUGAUAUUUAUCAAGACGUGGAGAUAUGCUUAUUUCCAAUUCCUCGAUAAUACAUACGAUAGCCUCUAUGUGAUGAUCGUUGUGGGGAUCAAAAAGAUGAAGAGAAGGGUUAAUGGAAGCUAG